GUGCCUUUACACCUUAAUGUGUGACUCCUUCUAACCUUUUCAACACCACGAACAACUUUAAAUAUAACAUUGUACAUAAAAAGUGUAAUUUUUCCAACAAAAUUUUCUUUGUAAAAUAAUUAAUAAGACUACAAACAUAAUGUCGAAAAUUUCGGCAGUAAAGGAAACAAUUGAGAAAUUAUUAAAAGAUGAAACUAAACCUUGGUCAAAAUACAUAGCACUUGCUGAAAAAAAAUCUGGUGUCAAUCGAUUGUAUAUUUUCAUAGGUGGCUUGCUGCUAUUAGCUUUGUAUUUAGUUCUAGGUGUAGGCCAACAAUUAGUAUGUAACGUAAUUGGUUUCGUUUAUCCUGCUUAUUGCUCAAUGAAAGCGCUUGAAAGCCCAAGCAAAGAAGAUGAUACAAAAUGGUUGACGUACUGGGUUACAUUUGCCGUUUUUACUAUCGUUGAAUUUUUCUCCGAGUACAUCGUUUGUUGGUUCCCAGUCUAUUGGCUGAUGAAGUGCCUCUUUUACAUUUGGUUGAUGGCUCCAACUGAAUACAAUGGAUCUUUGAUACUUUAUCGCAAAAUAAUUCGUCCACGAUUUGUUCAAUAUGAGCCACAAGUUGAUAAAUUAUUGUCCAAUGCUUCUGAUAUAGCAAAGAAAGCUGCAGCAAGUACAUUAUUAUCUGAAAAGAAAGAUUAAGAAUAAUACAGUUUUAUUUAAAAUAUAAUUAGCAAAAUUUUUACAAAUCUUCAUACCCAUUCCUUGAAAUAAAAUUAAGAUUUUACAAUUCAAAUUUUUAAUCAAUGUAAAUGGAAAUAAUUAAAAUUUGACUAUCGCACAAAAUCGAAUUGCGACAAGUUAUAAAAAUGCUAAAAUGAAUUAAGUGCCUAAAUUAUUUCUUUCUAUAUAUUUCAAAUAAUAUUAAAAAAUAAGAUCUAAAAAAAACAGAUUGAAUAGGAUAACUUAUUUAUUGUGAUAUUUGCGGUGUUUCAUAAAUGUUAUCUAUGCUGUGCCAUUUUUAAUAAUUUGCACAUAAUAAAAUUACACUUCUCUUA